AUGUCGGCCACAGACCCCGCCUCCUCACCGGACAUCAUGAACGAUCCGCAAUUCGACCCUACCGAGACCAGCGACAAGUCGCCUGCCGAGGGCGACACGUGCAGGAUAUGUCGUAGCGAGGGUUCCGCCGCAGAGCCGCUCUUCUACCCCUGCAAGUGCAGUGGCAGCAUCAAGUUCGUCCAUCAGGACUGCUUGAUGGAGUGGCUGUCGCACUCCAACAAGAAGCACUGCGAGCUCUGCAAGACGCCCUUUCGCUUCACAAAACUAUACGACUCGCACAUGCCUCAAACUCUCCCGCUGCCCAUUUUCGCAAAGAGAGCCUGCCUGCACACCUUGAACUACCUGUUGACCUGGGCUCGCGCUGUCACCGUCGCCCUUGUCUGGCUUGUUCUACUCCCUUGGUGCAUCCGUUGGUCAUGGAGAGGUCUCUUCUGGAUCUUGGAUGCAGGAUGGGCAAGAGACCCUUGGCUGGCCAAGAUUGCCCAUGCUGCCCAACACAAUAGCUCGACCUCUGCAAACGCCGCUCCUGCCGACAAGGAACCAUUCGGUCUAAGCCUGGGCAAGUUCCUAGUGAACACUCUGUUUUAUCCAUUGAAGCCUCUAGGCCAACCGGCCAUGUACUCUGCUUUAAACACACAGCCCGAAGCCUCGUUCGUACCGCCCUAUUCUAGCUUGUUGUCUGACGUCAAGGCUGUAAACAAUCUGACAUCUCACGUCUGGCUCAACCGCUUCAUCCUCGAUGUGCUCGAGGGUGACAUAAUCACCAUCAACGUUGUAGUAGUAUUCAUUCUCGUUUUCCUGAUUCGGGAGUGGGUUGUUCAACAGCAACCCAUAAUUAACGCUGCCGCUCACAUUCGUGAUGCAGAGAUACAACUGGAUGUAGCUGAACGUGCCGCUCAACGCCUGCAGGAUCUCGAGGCUGCUGCGUUGGAAGACGAGACUCUUCGGCCUGCAGUAGAGCGUUAUCGCCAUAUUUUUGACCAGCUUCCGGGCGACCGUGAACAUCCCGAAGUUGACAGUACACAAUUCAUUGGCUGGUAUUCGAUGGAAACUCUUAUGGAUAAUGCAGGAAUGCCUCAUGAAUUUGAGGGCGAGGACCAUGAGGACUUCAUGGAAGGAUUCGAGGAAGCUGGCGAGGAACUCCUCGAACAGAUCAAACUUGCGGAAGAUUCUGGUAUAUCUCGCGCUGAUAUUGCGGAGAAUUUAUGGGCUAUUCUGGACAAUCUAGGUCCUACUGAAAAGGAUCUCUGGCGCGAAUAUCUGCUCAGAGAGGGUGAAACUAAGUACAUGUUGUUGAGCAAUCUUCCUCAUGACAAGGUUGGUUUCUCCGACAAUGAACAUUCUGGAGCAGGACUUGCGCCUCCUGAAUCUGAGGUGGAAAGCGACACAGAUGACGACAAUGAGGACGAGCCACGAAGACGACCGGCUAUGCCUCCGAGGGAUGCAUCCUCACAUGCACAGAGGGUUAUACAGUCGCUUGAAGAGCCCUCAAACAACUCUGAGGACGGUGACCACAGGGAUACUGAGCUCGAUGGCGAAAGCAGCAGCGGGAGUUGGCAAUCAAUUACGGCUUCUUCCAACUCAGAACCAUCGAAAACCACAAGAAGUCCGCAAUCGCCCUUGCGCGUUACGGACAAUGGGCAAGAUGAUCAGGAAACCACUGCUGCCAGCUCAACUGGCCAUGAGCGUUCGACCGAAUCUCAACCUGUAGAUGCCACUGCCGAGUCGAAUGAGAGUCCUUCUGACGAGAUCGUGUUUCAAGAUUCACCGGAAGGAACAGUACAAGUCUCAUCAGAAGGCUCUUCGAUUGAUGCACAGCGUGCAGCACAGAGUCCUACCGAAGAACCAACGACGCCACAACAGAAUAUGGUCUCUCAAUCAAUACAGCCUGCUGAGCCACGCAGGGGUCCAAUCUCUAGAUUGUUUGACUGGUUCUGGGCUGACAUCGUGGUUGAGGAGGAUGAGAACGACCUCCUGCCUGGUAUCUUCGACGAAGAGAUCGUCCGUAAUGAGGCAGAAGAAGCACCUUUUGUCCACAUCCAUGGUGGAGAGCACGUCCACGAACCUGAAAAUGCGCCGGAUCCUGAAGUCCUUCAAGCUGCCGCUGAAGCUGGCUUAGACGCUGAAGCCAUCGAAGAUGCAGAAGACCUUGAGGGUGUCCUCGAGCUGAUUGGCAUGCAAGGCCCCUUGGCUGGAUUGGCGCAAACAGCCGUAUUCUGUGGCUUCCUGAUCACAGCUACCCUUUGGAUUGCCAUUGGCGUACCAUACUUCUUCGGAAAGAUCGCCUUACUCUUCCUUGGUGAUCCGAUCACAUCUAUGAUCAUGACUCCUUUGCGCAUUGUUUCUGUGGUUGCAGAUGCGAUUGUCGAUGUCACUGUCUAUGUUGGCGGCGCAGCUACGUACUUUGGUUCUCAGAUGCUGACGCAACUACUCUCCCUCUUACUUGGCUCUAUCUUCCAAAAGCUGGGUCUGGGAUAUGUGGAGUCUUUGGCAAAGCGUGCUCACUACGCAGCGAAUGGAGCUGGCGCACGUCUGACUGAACUAUUCGAUGGUGACGGACCAGUGGAGCUGGGACCACUGAUGAAAUCUAUGCAGGCACGUCAGUCUCUCUUGAACAUGAAAUCGGAAACCGCUCAGAUAGUGGAAUUCAUUGUCAGAGGUGUAUCGGGUAUUCUAUAUCAUAUGCAGAACUCGACCGCGCCGGAUAUGCUCAAAGUCGUCAACGAAACGACUGCAAGAGCACUCCAGCAUACAGCAGCGAGCUUCACUUGGAUCCGUACAAUUCUCCGACAAGGACUGUCUGAAGCUGUAAACGAUGGGACUUUCACCUUCACCAUCAAGCAAGAUGAUAGCUCUUUGGAUCCCUCUUUGGCUGUCUGGACCAACGAAGAUCGUUGUUUGACUGUCUUGGCUGGAUACAUUCUGCUCGCCAUGAUUGGCACAAUGUAUCUGUUGCGCAAAGAAUCGCUCUUCAGCUCACCAAGCCUGCAAAGUAUUGAAAAGAGCUUUGCGGAUCUCCUCAAGCAAGCCGGUGGUGUACUCAAGGUCAUUUUGAUCAUCAGCAUCGAAAUGCUCGCGUUCCCACUUUACUGCGGCAUGCUCCUGGAUUCUGCUUUGCUUCCACUUUUCGAGAAUGCAUCACUCGCUUCCCGACUUGCAUUUGCCAGCCGCUCUCCGUGGCUGUUCGUAUUCUUGCAUUGGUUCAUUGGUACUUGCUACAUGUUCCAUUUUGCGCUGUUCGUGUCGAUGUGUCGAAGGGUUUUGCGUAGUGGAGUUCUUUACUUCAUAAGGGAUCCCGAUGAUCCAACCUUUCACCCAGUUCGUGACGUCCUGGAGCGCAGUGUCACCACCCAGCUUCGCAAGAUCGCGUUCAGUGGACUUGUGUAUGGUGGACUUGUGAUCGUCUGCCUCGGUGGUGCUAUCUGGAGCACUUCACGAUUCGGAGUGUUCCCCAUCCGAUGGGCCAGGCCAGAGGCCGAUCUAGAGUUCCCCAUCGACUUCCUAGGGUACAAUCUCCUCGCCCCUGUGGUGGCUGCCUACCUAUUUCCUUCCAAAGGAAUGGAGAAAGUCUUUGGCAAAUGGCUCAAGCUCUGUGCACGUUCUCUACGACUUUCUCAAUUCCUUUUCGGCGAACGACGCAAGAUCGAAGAAGGUCAUCUGCAAGGGGAAUCGUGGAUCAGCAUAUUCAAUCCUUGGAAAGACCAGCGCGCGAUUGUAAAAUCCAAGAACUUUGUCAAGGAUGGCAAGUACGUUCGAGCACCCGCCACCGACCAGGUUAGGAUCCCUCGGGGCGAAAGAGUGUUCCUGGAAGUCAACGAAGACGAUCAACGAGUGGAUGGUUCAAACACCAGCAAUGGUAUUCACGGGCGACAACCCGAAAACUUUAUCCAGGUGUAUAUCCCGCCAUGGUUCCGCGUACGAAUUCUUACAUUCAUCUCGUGUCUGUGGAUGUUUGCCAUCGCCAUGGGCUUUGGAGUCACUGUCGUUCCAAUGAUCUUUGGACGUCAGAUUAUUUCAAUCAUGGCUCCUCAUCGCGUUGCACCCAACGAUUUAUAUAACUUUAGCGUCGGCAUCACUGUGUUGGGAAUAGUGCUUCAAGCUCUCUUCAACGGACAAAAAGCAUUCGAAAGUAUCAGACACACAACCUCGAGACAGAACUUGGCUGCUGUCGGCGCCAACGUCAGAAAGCAGACUUGGCGUUUGGUUCGAAGCGCUUAUGUGUACGGAUUUGCUGUCGUGAUCGUCCCAACUCUCUUCGCCCUGGUCUUGGAGCUCUAUCUUAUUCUGCCACUUCGCACCUACAUGGGUCCGGCAGCUCUCGUCCAGGAGAACGCCGAUGUCGUUCCGGACCACUCGCUUGGAGCGAAGGUCACCCUAAAUAACACAACGCUCGCAGACUUCGCAAAGGCACAAACUGCGGAACUUGUAGUGGCGUCGCACACUUUCCAUAUCCUCCAAGACUGGACUCUCGGAUUCAUCUACGGGAGAGUUGUUUUGCGUCUGCUGCUCCUGUCACGUACUUCUCGCCCCGCUGCGGCAUUGCGAAUGAUUACCCGCGAUGGAUUCACUAACCCCAACGUCAAAUUGGCAACUCGUGCAUUCGUGUUGCCAACACUACUGCUGUUCUCGAUCGUGUUGAUCUGUCCGCUCCUGAUUGCAUCGGUUUUGGAUGUCACGAACUUGAUAUCUGCCAGUAUCCGUACCAAGGUCUAUCGAUACAGCUAUCCGAUAUGCGCCAGCCAGGUACUAGGUUUGUGGUGUACAUGGGAAUUGAGCGAGGGAUUGCGACGAUGGAGAGGUCGCAUCAAGGAUGAAGUGUAUCUCAUUGGAGAGCGACUCCACAACCUGGGUGAGAGAAGGCCACCAGAGGGUAGCAAGAGCGUCGUUCGCAGACAUAGCUAG